UAACUGCGCUAUACUUAGCGCGCUGAGGGGGGAUUACGUCAUGUUUGUUCUGCUGCCUCGAGCAGGUAUUAGAUCUCCACACUCCAGAUCUUUACACUGCACUGAGAGCACGAGCACGAGAGGAUCACCUCCACCAUCACCUCCACCGAGCUCCUCACCAUCAUCACACUGCACCGGACCUCCACCGGGGACCUACACACACCAUCAAACCUAUCCUGCACCUCUUUGAUGAUGGUGUUCCAGUCGGAUGGAGCGCUGUCCUGCAUCCUGCCUCAACUCUACCUGGGAGCAGAGAGUGACGUCACACAGGACUGUUUGUCUGCUCGGGGGAUUUCGUACGUGCUGAGUGUGAGCCGUUGUUGCCCUCAGCCCUCCUUCUUGCCCCAGUCUCAGUACCUGCGCAUCCCCAUCGACGACUCUCUGAGGGACGACCUGCUGCCAUGGAUCCCUGAGGCCGUGCGCUUCAUCGACAGUGCCAUGUCUCUGGGCUGCUCGGUCCUCGUGCACUGUGCUGCAGGGAUCUCGCGCUCUCCAGCCCUCGCCGUGGCGUACGUCAUGUACAGCCGGAGAAUGGAUCUGGAUCACGCGUACAGGUUUGUGAAAGAGCGCAGACCCACAAUUUCCCCCAACUUUAACUUCCUCGGGCAGCUCCAGCUGUUCCAGCACACACUUCCUCUGCAGAACACUAAUGCUCCCACCCAGCCGAUCACAUCGCCCGUUACACACACGCAGCCAGACGACUGCGGCUCGCAGGACACUAACGAUGACGUCCACGUCACGUCCGAAAUUAUCCAGAGUUCGAAGGUCCAGCCUGAGUUUACUUUAUCUCUCUCUGACAAGCUCAGAACUCUGAGUCUCAGCGUGGACGAGCAGAGACGAACCGGUGACCAGACAGAGACACACACACUCUCACACACACACACUCCCACACUACAGAAACCCACACACCUGCACGUCCAGUCGCUCUCGGAAAAGCGCAAAAGCCUCACGCUGUCUCUAAUUCCGAUUUGCCCGGUUUCAGUUCCUCACACCGACCAGCAGAGGGAGAUAUUGCUCAGUGUCCCGAGUCACACCAAGCCUUACAGUUCUCCUUCUGUCCACAAGGGGGAGACAAAGGUCCUGGAGAAAGAACCAAACCAGGUGAGCAGAGGAACGUUGUCGAAAUGCAGCAGGACACAGAAGCGAAGGAGCGAGAAGAACAGAUCUCCUGCAACUCACAGGCUGAGAGAAGAGCAAGCGACGGUAAAGUCCGGGUCGCAGAGACGAGAACGAGGCAGAAAGACGGCACAGUCACGCAUACUUAGUGUGUGCAGUUCCACUCCUCACCUGCAGGGGGACACAGUGAGGGAGCUGUCGUGCUGUGCUGUGGAGGCCCUCGAGCUGAUGGAUGGAGAUCAGAGUCCGGUGUCACCUGUCCACCUCACCAUCAACAGUCUGCUGGGCUGGGGAGAGCGCAUGCUGCUCGGGGUUCUCCUCGGACCUCACAUCAAGGUGGGCCACGUCUCGCUACCCUACAGCUGCUGAACACACACUCCGAGCAGAGAACGAGCCGUGAGGAUCUCGCACGCACACACACACACACACACUCACUCACACACACACACACACACACACACACACACACACACACACACACACACACACACUCACUCACUCACUCACUCUGAACAGAGAACGAGCCCUGAGGAUCAUGCGCACACACACACACAUACACACACACACACUUACUUACUUUAAACAGAGAACGAGCCCUGAGGAUCACACACACACACACACACACACAACACACACACACACACACACACACACACUCAGAACAGAGAACGAGCCCUGAGGAUCUCGCACACACACAUGGACAAGAGACUUCUUUCAAUCCUGCUAGCACCUGACGCUGAAGUGUGUGAGUGAGUGUGAGUGUGUGUGUGUGUGUGUGUGUGUGUGAGUGUGUGUGUGUGUGAGUGUGUGUGUGUGUGUGUGUGUGUGUGUGUGUGUGUGUGUGUGUGUGUGUGUGUGUGUGUGUGAAUACACGUGUCUGUGAUUGAUUAUUUAUUGGAUAUUGUUAUAUUUAUAAGCAGAUAUGAUGAGGUUGUUUUGCUGUGUGUAGCUUCUGCACUGAAACAGUGUUCAUUAAAAACUAUUUUACUCCUCUUC